AUGCUCACUAUCCUUUAUCACACGCGUGCAUGUACCCUCAAGCCCCCCAUGGCCGCAUGCCCCCAUGCCUGCCAUGCCAUGUUUCCCCCACACUCCCUAGACCCGAGACAUAGGGACUGGUGGUGGUCCUCGUGUAGACCCGAGACGCAGGGAUUGGUGGUGGCGCUCGUGUACCUGGUGGGAGACUGGGUGGGUAGACCCGAGGCGCAGGGACUGGUGGUGGCGCUCGUGUACCUGGUGGUAACCAUUCUCUUCCAGCACUUUUACUUCACGCCUGACUGGCUUAGUACAAAGAGCUCUGGCCUGCAUCUGCUUUGUGGUCUUACCUACUUCUACUCUCCCCCUGCUCCCCUUACCCCCAGUCCUCUCACCUCCCUUCAACUGCCAGUGGUUACUCGAGGGGGGGAAUUUGGGGGUGGUGCUAGAGGGAAUUUGGGGGUGGUGCUGGGGGUGGUGGUGUUGGGGGAGGUGGUGCUGGGCCUCCCGAUGAUUCGAAACAUCUUUGUCCCUUUCCACCCGCUCUCCUCACUGCACUGGAAGCUCAUUCCCACGCUUCCGCUUCCUCCUUCCCGCACAUUCUUCCCCACAGCAAGCUCAUUCUCCCCUCAAUCGCCGCGCUCGCUCUCCUCAUGGCCUACUCGGGCCACACCACCAUCGUCAUCCCCAGGCCAUGUGGUUUUCCCUCCCUUUGACCCCCUAAUCUCCACCCCACAACAAGCUCAUCCUCCCCUCAAUCGCAACCCCGCUGCUGCUUAUGGCCUAUUCAGGCCACACCACGGUCGUCAUUCCCAAGCUGCUGCGGCCGCUCCCACCCACCCAAGCCUCAUGCUUGUCCCUCCCCUUUCCCCCUCCCCACCCGCAGCAAGCGCAUUCUGCCCUCAAUCGCAGCAGUGCCUCUCCUAA